CCAUUCCCCACUCAUCACAACAAAGAUAUGCGCAGCGAGGACGAAGAGGACGACCACUUCGGAGAUGAAGACGAGGACGAGGAUGAGGAGAUGCGCGACGAUGCUGCCAACCAAUUCGACGAAGACCAGGACAUGGAAGAAGACGACGACGAUGCCGAAGGUGACGAGGAGGAAGACGGAGAGGCCGAUGAUGAAGACGACGAAGAUGAGGAGGAGGAGGAUGACGACGAUGAUGACGACGACGACGAGGAAGACGAUGAUGCAGCUGGAGACGAGGAAGAUGGGCAGACUCAGCAAACGACAGAAGCUCCUCCAACAGCUGAACCAUCCGGGCCGCAGUCAAAAGAAGACACGCCGCGCUCACCCACAAAGCAGCCAACGCCGCCACAUCAAGCCCGACGCUCCAUCUUCGUCCCUCCACCCCCAUGGCCGCCAUCAAACCUCACUAUUGAGACCAUCGUCGGAAUCCCCCUGCCCACCGCCGUGCACUCGAUAGCCUCCUCAGCAUGUCUCUCUUACCUCCUAACGGGAGGGCAAGAUGGGCAUGUGCGCGCAUAUGACUUCUGGGCGUCGGUCAACGGUGGCCAGGUAAUGACCGCGCAGCAGCGAGGUAUUGUCGGCCUGGGAGAAGGCGUACACAAGGCCGGCGUGGGUCGAGGAUGGUGGUCGUGUGAGGUCGAGGAAGGCACACCGCCAACGAAGCGCACCGAGCCCGUGUACUCACUCGCGUGUGAGGGCGAUGCGUUGUGGGCGUUGGCGGGGAGCCAGAGUGGUCCUAUAAACCUCUAUUCUUUGCGGCAUCGGCCAGGGCACCUCAUCCACUCGCUCAAGGGCCACACGAACGUCGUGAGCGCGCUUCAACUUCUCCCCGGCGAACGAGGGCUGCUAUCAGGCUCCUGGGACGGCGGAGUCAAGGAAUGGGAUUUGAAUUCGGGCCAGGUUGUGCGCUCUUACCCUACCCAUGGCGCGCAGAUCUCCUCACUCUCUCUUCGUCCGAUUACCCAGGACACUGAUAAGGAGCCCGAGCAUAAGGGCGCGAACGGUGAUGCGCUCCCGCACGUGAGCGUCAAUGUUGGGCCAGAUUUCUUCAAGGCGGAUCGCGAUGCGGAUGGGGACGCUGUCAUGGCAGAGAAGAAGGUGGAGGACGGCGACGAGGUGAAGGAAACUGAAGCCAAACCGGCUUCGGCUCCUCCUGAGUCGGAGAAAGAUGCGGCGGGUGAGGACGACGACGCAGACUCCUUGUUCGACGAUGAUGCAGAUGGUGAAAACGAGAGCAAGCCCGCCACACCAGCACUGCAAGCACUGGGCCUCGCCCUCCCCGGGGCGAAGCCGCCAAGCUCAAGCGUGACGCCCGCUCCACCAACCCCGGCCCCAAGGCCUGCUGUCAAGCCGACACCCAAGAUCGUAGCCGGGGCGGCGGCCAGCAUCCCCCUCCUCACGCCAACAUCAUACAAAGCGAUGUCGAACGACAUUCUCCUUACAUCAAGCAUGGACGGCCAGGUGACGCUGUUUGAUCGACGCGAAGGCGGCGCCGUGGGCCGCCUGAUACCUGGCGAUCGCGCACCACCAUGGUGCAUGAGCGCUGUCUGGCUCGGCGAUGGUAACCAGGUUUUGGCAGGCCGACGCAAUGGCACAAUCGACAUCUGGGAUGUGCGCAAAACAUCGUCUACAUCCGCGAGCGUCCUCCGCACUCUACGCACCCCUUCUGACUCAGGUCCGGUGUCCUGCAUUGUCGCCUUCCCAGACGGCAAGCACGUUGCGACUGCUAGCACCGACAACAUCCGUUUGUGGAACACGGUCGAAUAUUAUGAGCCCGAAGAGCCAGCGAAGAAGAAGAGCUCGCGGCCACCAUUCCGCAUCAUUGCCGGUCAUCACGGUGGAACUGUUUCUAGCAUGAUCAUCGACCCCACGUCACGCUUCCUCAUCACGGCGAGUGGCGACCGGGGGUGGCAGGGCGAGAGUACGCGCGUCGUGCUGGUGCACGAGGUGAAGUGGACAUAGAUUGUAGAAGGCACUGUCUCCUUGAUGUCCUGCCAUGUACCUUGUCUUCCGUGCCCCGCCAGCCGGGGUCGCUCACUACAGCAGUUUCAACAGCAGG